GGUGUGUGUCGUUUCUGCGUAAGCUUAUUGACUAACUAUAUUUCAUUCAUUCACUCAUCAUUGACUGCGGCUUUCCUUCACUCGUCCUUGUCGUCUUCCUCAUCGUCAAAGUACUGCUGCCAUCACAUCACACAACACAACACAGAAACACGCUGCAGGCACAUGCCCCUGUCUAGCUGCUGUGUGGUCUCACUUACGCCGAGGAGUGCGAUUCCGAUGAGUCCGAAGCUGCCCAGCGUCACCACCACAUGCAUCGCCUGCUUGGUGUCCAGGCCGAAGUACACCGUGCCGAUUCCCAAGAAAACGAUGGCCGCUGAAAGCAUCACGCCAAAGGCGAGCAUCCCGUACGACAGCAGCCAGUGCAGCAACAUCCUCAGGCGCGUGGGCGGCCGUUUCUCUGCAGGAGCUGCCUCAUGCGUUGAGUCCUCGGGGACGCGCGGCACAGCUUCCUUCGUCAUUGCUG